AUGCCGCCACGCAAGCGCCCCCUAGAACCGUCCUCGGGCAUGCCACCACCACCGGACGUCAAGCCCGUCAUCCCCGCGGCGAAGCCCGCCGCCGCUCCCUCCCCCGCCGACGCGCCGGAGAUACCGCCCAUCUCCGCCGCCAUCCUCAACAACCUGCCCCCGUCGGAGCGCGACGUCUACAAGCGCGUCUACCUGGCGGGCAACAAGGGCAUGUGGAGCCAGGACCUGCGGCGCGCGACGCAGCUGACCACGGCCAGCCUCAGCAAGUCCACCCGCGCGCUGGUCCAGCGGGGCAUCCUCAAGGAGGUCACGGACGUGCGCCACCGCGCCAAGAAGGUGUUCAUGGACGCGCGCAUCGAGCCCGCCCCGGAGAUCACCGGCGGCACCUGGUACCACAACGGCCAGCUCGACACCGACGCCGUCGCCGCCGUGCGCCGCAGGUGCCUCGACCAGAUCGACAGGCUCGGCGCCGCCACCCCCGACAUGGUCCACAAGGGCGUCGAGCGGGACGACCCCAGGGCCGGCUACACCAUCGACCAGAUCAGGGACAUCCUGCAGACCAUGGCGCUCGACAGGGUGCUGGAGGAGCGCAAGAGCACUGGGGAGGGGGAGUUCAGCGCGGUCAGGGCCGGAAGGGUCUGCUACCGGAGGGGCGGCGCGCCGCAGGGUGGUAUGAUGGAGGGGAUCCCCUGUGGGGUCUGCCCCAGGAUGGACGAGUGCUCGCCGGAUGGGGUCAUCUCGCCCACCACCUGCGUCUACUACAAGAAGUGGCUGCAAAUGGACUUCUAGCUAGGCGGUGGCGCGGACAGAGUAGGAAACCUGAGCUAGAAAACUAGUACACUUAGGGUUACCUAUAGCCCUAUUAGCAUCGAGGGCAAACAUCCUUCCCUGCAUCACAAUUCACAACGGUGCUAUGGGUGACAUGGAUUGUGUACUUUGUUUAUCUUCAUCUAUCAUCUUUCUUUGAAAAGCGCUGAAAACGAUUGUUCCCUGAGAAAAGAGCAGAGGGGCUCUUAAACAAAAAUCAUGUAAGGUGUGGCCGGUGAGGUUAUACUGCAUAUUGAUUGACCUCAAUGUACAUUAAGAGUCAUCAUGCUAUAGAUAUUUAGAAUGUGAAAUCAAGCUGAGUUGUGUAACACUAGGCCCUUCCGAGAUUUCUUAUAUUUCUGUUCCUCUAUUAUUGUUGUA